AUGGUUGUCUCUAGCAUUCACGAGCAGAUGAUGAAGAAUGCUCAAGACAAGGAGUUCAAAGCACGAUCUAGAAGGCUAGCAAGAACCAGCGAGGAGAUGCACGAGGAGUAUCAUGAUUUUCUUAGCAUGCUCGGAAGUCUUGAUUACAUGCAUUGGCCUUGGAAGAAUUGCCCAACUGCAUGGAAAGGGCAAUACACCAGAGUAUCAAACAAUGACCUUAAUGUAUUGAGUAAAUCAAAUUUGUUUCGAGAAAAAUUACAAGGAAAUGCUCCAGAGGUAGAUUUCACUGUGAAUGGUAGUCAAUAUACCAUGGGAUACUACCUCAUGGAUAGUAUAUAUCCUGAGUGGGCUGCAUUUGUCAAAAGUUUCCCACAUCCCCAAGAUCCCAAGCGUUUAUGUUUCAAGCGAAGGCAUGAAAGCGCAAGAAAAGAUGUCGAGCGAGCAUUUGGAGUACUCCAAGCCGGCUUUACGAUAGUAAAAGGACCUGUGAGAUAUGAGCGAUACACAUACUCGAGGAACUUUCAAGACAACGAAUUUGUUCCACAAGUUGUUGGUGAUAUCCAACAAGGGCAUGUUCCAAACUUCCAAGCAUAUCUUGCAACAGAUGCAACAAUCCGAGACAGAAAUAUGCAUCAUCAGUUCAAGGUGGAUUUGGUGGAGCACAUUUGGACACGUUUUGGAAGCGAAGACCCACAUUGA